AUGCCCUGUCCCGCCGCCCGGGACGGGGAGAGCCCCCGCGCCGGGGAGGAAGGCAGCUCACAAUGUGAAGUCGUCAGGGACAGAAUUGAGCACAUUGAUUGGAUACCCACUGCCCCUGAGCCCUUGUACGCUCCAACAGGUUUGGAGAUGAUGCCGCUGUACCAAACUCCUGACAAAGGCACUGUGAUUUAUCUAGGAGAAGAAGCUAACAAAAACUCCUGCUUUAUGUAUUCCCGAGUGCGAGGUCUCUGCCCCUUGAAGCAGAUCCUCCACCAGACAGAGGACAACACACUGGUCUUCGAAGCACGGUUUGAGAGUGGGAAUUUGCAGAAGGUGGUCAAAGUCAAUGAAUUUGAGUAUCAGCUGACCCUGCGCACCGACCUCUACACAAGCAGACACACGCAAUGGUACUACUUCCAAGUAAGCAAUAUGCAGGCAGGGAUGGCAUAUCGCUUCACUAUAGUCAACUUUACCAAUCGUAACAGCCUAUAUAAACGAGGCCUGCGGCCACUGUUGUACUCAGAAGCCGAUGCUAAGAAACACAAGGUUGGCUGGCGAAGGACUGGAAAUGAAAUCAAGUAUUACAAAAACAAUGCGGGCCAAGGUAGACGUCAGUAUUUCUCACUCACUUGGACAUUCCAGUUCCCUCAUGACCGAGACACCUGCUACUUUGCCCACUGCUAUCCUUACACCUACUCCAACCUGCAGGAGUACCUGGUGGCCAUCUCUAAAGAUCCAGUGAAGUCCAAAUUCUGCAAGAUUGACAUCUUGUGCCAUUCACUGGCAGGAAACAUAGUAUAUGUUUUAACUAUCACCCACGACCCCAAAAGUGGCAAGGGCACUGAGAGGAAGGCUGUGAUACUAACCGCCAGGGUGCAUCCGGGAGAAACUAACAGUUCCUGGAUAAUGAAGGGCUUUCUGGAUUACAUUCUUGGCGAUUCAGGCAAAGCUCAACUGCUGCGGGACAAUUUUGUCUUCAAAGUGGUACCCAUGUUGAAUCCCGAUGGUGUGAUUGUGGGAAAUCACCGCUGUUCUUUAACAGGUCAGGACUUGAACCGCAAAUACAGAUCUGAUGUGAAGAAAUGUUAUCCUUCCAUCUGGUAUACUCGAAACAUGAUCAAAAGAGUGAUGGGGGAACGCGAUGUUUUUCUGUAUUGCGACAUCCAUGGUCACAACAGGAAACAAAAUGUCUUCAUGUAUGGUUGCGAGAGAAAGCAGCAAGCAAAAGCACCAUACGUGCAUCCACGUAUCUUCCCAUUCUUGCUGAGCAAGAGCUGCCCAGAUAAGUUCUCCUUCCCAGACUGCCGUUUCAGAGUACGAAAGAGCAAAGAAGGCACAGGUCGAGUGGUAAUGUGGAAGAUGGGCAUCAACAACAGCUACACUUUGGAAGCCUCUAUCUGUGGCUCUAAGUUGGGCUGCAGAAAAAGCACCCAUUUCGAUAUGAAAGACUUGGAGUCGAUAGGACAGCAUUUCUGUGAUGCUCUCUUGAAGUACUGUGUUCAUAACAAGGAGCGCGAAGCAGAAGCCUGCAAGGGAGCACUGAGGACAGUCCACAUCUCUGGGAGAGGAGCAGGGAGUCGGCUUUGCCAGGCAGCCAGAGAGAGGAGCGAGGAAGAUGGCAACCGCAGGUCUGUCACCGUAGCACCCAUCUCCCUGGGCCUCAGAGGGUGA